AAGCUUAGCUGUACACGCUGAGAGUCUUGCCAAAGCUGCAGCCCCACCCAGGAGCAGGGUGGUGGCUGGGGCGAUGGUGGACGCCCUGAAGAUGCCCCAUGGCUACUGAAGGGGCUGCUCAGUUAGUGAACAGAGUGGCGGGCAUGGUUUGUAGCCUAUGGGUGCUGCUCCUGGUGUCUUCAGUUCUGGCUCUGGAAGAGGUAUUGCUGGACACCACCGGAGAGACAUCUGAGAUUGGCUGGCUCACCUACCCACCAGGGGGGUGGGAUGAAGUGAGUGUUCUGGACGACCAGCGACGACUGACUCGGACCUUUGAGGCAUGUCAUGUGGCAGGGGCCCCUCCAGGCACCGGGCAGGACAAUUGGUUGCAGACACACUUUGUGGAGCGGCGCGGGGCCCAGAGGGCACACAUUCGACUCCACUUCUCUGUGCGGGCGUGCUCCAGCCUGGGCGUGAGCGGCGGCACCUGCCGGGAGACCUUCACCCUUUACUACCGCCAGGCUGAAGAGCCCGACAGCCCCGACAGCGUUUCCUCCUGGCACCUCAAACGCUGGACCAAGGUGGACACCAUUGCAGCAGACGAGAGCUUUCCCUCCUCCUCCUCCUCUUCUUCCUCUGCAGCGUGGGCUGUGGGACCCCACGGGGCUGGGCAGCGGGCUGGACUGCAGCUGAACGUCAAAGAGCGGAGCUUUGGGCCUCUCACCCAACGUGGCUUCUACGUGGCCUUCCAGGACACGGGGGCCUGCCUGGCCCUGGUAGCUGUCAGGCUCUUCUCCUACACCUGCCCUGCCGUGCUCCGAUCCUUUGCCUCCUUUCCAGAGACGCAGGCCAGUGGGGCUGGGGGGGCCUCCCUGGUGGCAGCUGUGGGCACCUGUGUGGCUCAUGCAGAGCCAGAGGAGGAUGGAGUAGGGGGCCAGGCAGGAGGCAGCCCCCCGAGGCUGCACUGCAACGGGGAGGGCAAGUGGAUGGUAGCUGUCGGGGGCUGCCUGUGCCAGCCUGGACACCAACCAGCACGAGGAGACAAGGCCUGCCAAGCCUGCCCACGGGGGCUCUAUAAGGCUUCUGCUGGGAAUGUUCCCUGCUCACCAUGCCCUGCCCGCAGCCACGCUCCCAGUCCAGCAGCUCCCGUUUGCCCCUGCCUGGAGGGCUUCUAUCGGGCCAGUUCCGACCCACCAGGGGCCCCCUGCACUGGUCCUCCAUCGGCUCCCCAGGAGCUUUGGUUUGAGGUGCAAGGCUCAGCACUCAUGCUACACUGGCGCCUGCCUCGGGAGCUGGGGGGUCGAGGGGACCUGCUCUUCAACGUCGUGUGCAAGGAGUGUGAAGGCCAGGAGCCUGCCAGCGGUGGUGGGGGCACUUGUCGCCGCUGCAGGGAUGAGGUCCACUUUGACCCUCGCCAGAGAGGCCUGACUGAGAGUCGAGUGUUAGUGGGGGGCCUCCGAGCACAUGUACCCUACAUCUUAGAGGUGCAGGCUGUCAAUGGGGUGUCUGAGCUCAGCCCUGACCCUCCUCAGGCUGCAGCUAUCAAUGUCAGCACCAGCUAUGAAGUGCCCUCUGCAGUCCCUGUGGUACACCAGGUGAGCCGGGCAUCCAACAGCAUCACAGUGUCCUGGCCGCAGCCCGACCAGACCAAUGGGAACAUCCUGGACUAUCAGCUCCGCUACUAUGACCAGGCAGAAGACGAAUCCCACUCCUUCACCCUGACCAGCGAGACCAACACUGCCACCGUGACACAGCUGAGCCCUGGCCACAUCUAUGGUUUCCAGGUGCGGGCCCGGACUGCUGCCGGCCACGGCCCCUACGGGGGCAAAGUCUAUUUCCAGACGCUUCCUCAAGGGGAGCUGUCCUCCCAGCUUCCGGAGAGACUCUCCUUGGUGAUUGGCUCCAUCCUGGGGGCCUUGGCCUUCCUCCUGCUAGCAGCCAUCACCGUGCUGGCGGUCGUCUUCCAGCGGAAGCGGCGUGGGACUGGCUAUACGGAGCAGCUGCAGCAAUACAGCAGCCCAGGACUUGGGGUGAAGUAUUACAUCGACCCCUCCACCUACGAGGACCCCUGCCAGGCCAUCCGAGAACUUGCCCGGGAGAUCGAUCCUGCCUAUAUCAAGAUUGAGGAGGUCAUUGGGACAGGCUCUUUUGGUGAAGUGCGCCGGGGCCGCCUGCAGCCACGGGGACGGAGGGAGCAGACUGUGGCCAUCCAGGCCCUGUGGGCUGGGGGCGCCGAAAGCCUGCAGAUGACCUUCCUGGGCCGGGCUGCGGUGCUGGGUCAGUUCCAGCACCCCAACAUCCUGCGGCUGGAGGGUGUGGUCACCAAGAGCCGACCCCUCAUGGUGUUGACGGAGUUCAUGGAGCUUGGUCCCCUGGACAGCUUCCUCAGGCAGCGGGAGGGCCAGUUCAGCAGCCUGCAGCUGGUGGCCAUGCAGCGGGGAGUGGCUGCUGCCAUGCAGUACCUGUCCAGCUUUGCCUUCGUCCAUCGCUCGCUCUCUGCCCACAGCGUGCUGGUCAAUAGCCACUUGGUGUGCAAGGUGGCCCGUCUUGGCCACAGUCCGCAGGGCCCAAGUUGUUUGCUUCGCUGGGCAGCCCCAGAGGUCAUUGCACAUGGAAAGCAUACAGCAUCUAGUGAUGUCUGGAGCUUUGGGAUACUCAUGUGGGAAGUGAUGAGUUAUGGAGAACGACCUUACUGGGACAUGAGUGAACAGGAGGUACUAAAUGCAAUAGAGCAGGAGUUCCGGCUGCCCCCACCUCCGGGCUGUCCUCCUGGAUUACAUCUACUUAUGUUGGACACUUGGCAGAAGGAUCGUGCCCGGAGGCCUCAUUUUGACCAGCUGGUGGCUGCAUUUGAUAAGAUGAUCCGCAAGCCGGAUAUGCUGCAGGCUGGCGGAGACCCAGGGGAAAGGCCUUCCCAGGCCCUUCUGACCCCUGUGGCCCUGGACUUUCCUUGUCUGGACUCACCCCAGGCCUGGCUUUCAGCCAUUGGACUGGAGUGCUACCAGGACAACUUCUCCAAGUUUGGCCUCUGUACCUUCAGUGAUGUGGCUCAGCUCAGCCUGGAAGACCUGCCUGCCCUGGGCAUCACCCUGGCUGGCCACCAGAAGAAGCUGCUGCACCACAUCCAGCUCCUUCAGCAACACCUGAGGCAGCAGGGCUCAGUGGAGGUCUGAGGCCACGGCAGCGUGCCAGGAAAUGACGAUGCCCAUGACUCAGCCCUGGACACCGGUCCAAGAAGGGACAUGUGGGAUGUGAGCCGGGCUCCAACGGCCUCUGUGAGAGAUGCCCCACAGCAAACCCAACCCUCCCGCUGGCUGCAUUCCCUGGUCCUCCGCCUCUCCACCAGCCCCCUCCUCAUUAAAGGGAAAGAAGGGAAUUUGCAA